AUGUUGUCUCAAGGUAAAAAGGCCGCGAGUGGCAGUAAUUCGGCUGGAAAGAAAGCAGCUCCAAAAAUCCCCCAAGACGAUGGCGAACUAGUCAGUGUCGACUGGGUCGUACCCAAACUCAAGACCAAAGCCAAGAACAAGCAGGGACAGCGUGACCAUCGACACGUCACCGCAUACGCUCGGACAUUGUACAAUCGGCCACCUGAAGGUCUCACAUUUGGGCAAGAGCCUCUCGCGGAUGCUCAGUUUCGGACGCCAAUCUACCAAAUAGCCAAAUCCAAGGACUUGGCCGAUCCCGAUCUAAAUCGAUCUAGUGCAUCAUUGCGCGACUUGUUUAACGCGAUCAAAGAAAGUAGUCUGAAUGGGCCAGCUGAUCCUUAUCAUAUCAACAAUCUCUGCGCACUUUUUGGCGAAGAUGAAAACACUGCGCUGGUGCUUUCAAGAGCGGUAGGAGAAGAUAUCUUGGUGUUGGGCGAAGAUCGAGAACUCGUAGUUAACGUGGGCCCAGAAACCGCGCGUAUCCAACUCAUCCGCCAAGAAACAGCUGAUGAGAGCGAAAGACUGGGGUAUUUCAUUGAGUUACCGAGGGAGACUUCAGUCACCGUCAAUGGCAUCACGUAUGCGAAUUUUACUCUUUUGUCUGAUACGCCUGGUCCGCCUUUUUACAUUGGGCCUCUUGAAGGGUACGCAGUGAUUGAGCUUCUAUCGCAGCCCGUAUUCUUCUUCAGAGAUCAAGCGAGCUUAAAGCAGACAGGACCAAGCAGAGUUGUGCAGCCAGAGGAGCUAAAUCAGGAUGUCUGCGCCUACAUGAGCAGAAGUAUUCCAUCGGCCGAACAGAUACCUCGGAAUCUUGAUCUGAUUCCUAGAGUCGUUGCCGCAGUCAAUUACCGACAGCCUAGAGAAUCAGGCUUCAGUUUCUACUUGGAAAGUCAUCAUUUCAGGCCAGGAAGAACAUCUAUUUCAUACCUCAAUCGCAAUGGUUCACACUAUUUGGUCAUUGCACGAAUCGACUCAGGGAACCUGAGUGUCAGAAUCAUGGACCCGAUGGAAGAUAUGGAGAGGGCGAUGCCGGACUUUGCGGCAUGGGUCCCAUCUGCACAAGCCACAACAACCGAAGCAAGCUUCACAUAUACGGUUCUGAAUGCAUGGGCUUUAGCUAUGGGUCUCACGCCUAAUCCUGCUUUUACACCAAACCAACAGCAACAUGAAGUAUUUUUCAUCCAAGCCCAGCGUCUCUUCGAUCUAGCGCUCGAAGACGGUUUAAGGUGGCAAUUGCUAUUUGCCUUCCUCCGCUGUACCAAAUUUGUAAGGCGGACAGAAGAAGAUGGAGAAGAUGGAAAUAUCAACCUUCCUACUGUAAGACAGCGCUUCGACCAGAGCAAACGAACUUAUGAGGAUCUGCUCCAUCGCCAGGCUCAGGCCGACACUGCUGAAGAAUUUGACCUAAACUUUGACGUAGAGUAUCUUCCAUUGGGCCUCGAGGAAGGUUUAGCGCACAACGCGGCGUUUGCAUGGGAUACUUUGACCGAUGUCCAACGAGGUGAAAUCGUUCACCUUGUUCGCGAAGGCCAGUGGAACCUACAGGAUACUGCAGAUCAACUGCGGGAGCGAAUCGAGCAGCGCCGCACACCUCCGAAUGUUGCAAUUCCACCUGCUGGAACUACCAAGAAAACAACAGGUAACUCUACUGCCGGAACUGAUGAUACAACAACAAGUAACCCGCCUGAAACCCCGUGCGAAAACCUAAGAAAGAGAUUACGUGAGCUGCUCACAACCGAACAGAGCGCGACAGCCCUGAGCAAUUUCAGAUACCGACGCUCAGAAUCCGCCGAGCUUGGAAGAUGGCUGCAAGGAGAAGAAGCUGACAUGUGUGUCUAUUCUGUUCUCAUGGCCAUCAAUGACUUGCAGGGCUACAAGGAAGGUUUCUUUAUCGCACCAUACGAUUCAAUCCAGAACGCUGGCUUAGAAGCCGCCGCUCGAGGCAUGCGUCCUGGUCGUCCCUUGAUCGUGCCUUAUGUAUACGAACACCAUAUUGUUCUCUUGGUCAUACAGUUAGAAGACGAUUAUACACCCACCAUGUAUGUUCUGGACUCUAUGUACCAUUAUCACAAUCGUCAACGGCACGACACAAUAUUUCAGAAACGCUUUGACCAGUCUCAGAAACACCGUCUGGUUCCGUCAACAUUUCGGCGAGAGAAAGAUAAAUUUGCCAAAAUCAGCAAUAUGGGUCAGAACUUCCCAGCAACCCACCACCAAUGA